AUGUCAGGUCGGCCAGAGACGUCUCGAGGGGAAACAUCAGAGAUAGCAUCAAGAUCAGAAGGCGCUCAAUACAUCCCCCAUGUAUUCGACUUUGUGGGCAUCCACAGACCGGCCAACUCGCGCUCGUCCGUCCCCAGCGUGCAUCUGGAACCGCUGGCCGUCGACCAGUCGGUGGUGAUCGGCCAUGGGGCGUCCUUCACCGCGUUCCAGCGCAGUAUCCCGGCCCUCCCGACAGGGUCUCAGACUGCAGAGAUGGCCGACUGGUCGCUGACUGUGCGCAACGUGUCCAAAGCCCCGGAGAAGGUCGUCUACAAGGUUGCCCGGGUGGCCUUUACGGCGACGGGGGUGUCGACUGCGGCGACGCGGCCGGCGAUGAAAGCCGCGCUGAUGGAACUGUACGCCCUGAUGCACGAGCCGCUGCAGAGACAUCCGAACAUCAUCAAGCUGCUCGGGCUGGCGUGGGGAGCCAACUUGUUCGAUCCGACGCAUCGUCUGCCGGUUCUGGUGGUGGAGUACGCCGAGCACGGCAGCCUGGCGGAGCUUCAGGCGCAAACGAAGCUAUCCCCGGCGGCCAAACGCGGUCUCGCGCUGGACAUCGGACGAGGCCUGCAGAUGCUGCAUCGCUGUGGGAUCGUGCAUGGCGACGUCAAGUCGGAGAACGUGUUGAUCUUCCGGCAUGCGGAGCGUGAAUACAUCGCCAAGAUGUCUGACUUUGGCUUCUCGACGGUGCGCGAGGCUGCCUCCGAGGAGGUCUUCAUGGGCGGCACUCGGCCCUGGAAGGCUCCAGAGACCCGGAAUCGCGUGGCGAGGGAGAGAAUGGCAGCGACAGACGUCUAUUCAUACGGGCUGCUGCUCUGGCGACUGGCGGCGGAUGGACACAGCCCAUUCGGCUUCAUAGACUGCUUGUUGCCCAUCGACCGGAUGAAGGAAGAGGACGUCUUGAUCGAGAACACCGGCCUGGAUAGAUGGUUUGUCCAAUACCAGCAGGAAUCUGCAGCCGAUCUGAAGGCAGAUGCCUUCUACACUCUCCUCCCUGCUGCAUUGAACAGAUGUCUGAGUGUGGACCCAGCCAAACGAGAUCUGACUGAAGCCAUUGCAGCGUUACAGAAUGGCCUGGGGAAGGACCCGGAGACUGAACAGAAUGUUGAGCCAGAGAUUCUCCAUCUCAGCUAUGAAAACCACACGCUCUCAUGGCAACAGACACGCCAGCUGGAACCGGGGGUGCAGGCAUUCAUCUUCAAUGCAUUCUAUCACAAGGUCGAGGAGAUGCUGUCCAGUAAAGUCAUCAACUGUCCUGACUGCUUCGUGCUGGCCUCGUACUACAUCAACGGCUACGGCACGGCGGUCGACCAUCAAGCGGCACGUCGACUGCUUGAACGCUGCUCCCGGCCUGAAUACAACCAUCCCUCGUCCCGGGCAUAUUCGUAUCGAAUCGUCAAAGCCCUGGAUCCAGAAUACACCAUGACGCCCGCCGACUACGACAAUCUCUCCGUCAUGGCGCUGCGAGGCUCCCGUCCGGCCCUCUGCGACCUGAAAGACGUGGCACCCGCGCAAUACGCCUGGAGCCAGCCCAUCCUGCGUGAUGUCCUUGCCGGCGUCGGCGCGAGCUUCUUCCACGACACGAACAUGCUGGGCUUCGCGCAUCGCCAGUGGGUAUACACCUUUGACCGGCCGGAGAUGCUGGUGACGAACCUGCGGCCGCUGCAGAAGAUCGCCGAGCACAAGGUCAACCGCCGGGGAGACGGCAUCCUGCAUCUGGCGGCAUCGACAGGCCGCAUCCAGGCCGUCGAGAGUCUGCUGGGUGCAUUUCCUCUCGACAUCAACCAGCGGAACGAGGCCGGAGAGACUCCCCUGUUGUGUGCGUGUCGUGCAGGCCAACUGGCGACGGUCUUGCGUCUGGUGCAACUCAACGCAGACGCAUCCAUCGCUGCAGCCAACGGCGAAAGCUGUCUGCAUUGGCUGGUGUCCUUUCAAGACAUUGAGGCUGUCGGCGAGGCCUUGUUGCAGACAGGAGCCCCCCUGCGAGGAUAUACAAGGGAAAGAGUGGCAUACUCCGACUUUCCAGCCGGGAUAGACGUCGACUUUCAGAUUGCGGGAACGCCUCUGACUUGGGCCAUCCAUCAUGACCGGCCCGACAUUGUCAGGUUCCUGGUAUCCAAGAACAUCUGGGUGGCGCUGGACGAGACGAGGGACAGUCAAUGGGCCGUGUCACCACUGGAAUAUGCCGCCUUCUUCCACCACGUCGAAUGUCUGCAAGUCCUGAUGGAUGCGCUCGACCAGGCAGGCGCACGGUAUAGCAUGGCGCCCAUCCUGACGGCAGCUGUCCAUGCGGCCGACACGUUUUCCAUGAUCCUCCGCAACGGCGCGCGGUAUCGCCAGCGACUGCAUGCGACGCUGGACGUGUGUCUGGCGAGAUCACGGCCGAUCGUCUUCGGCUCUGGCAUCGGCGGCUUCGACACGAGUCUGCUCUUCUUUGCGGUCAGUGAAGCCCAUGAUGAAGUGGUGGAAUAUCUCCUCUCCCAACCGGGGGACGACGACCAAGACGCUCUCUCCGGCGCGUAUACUCGCCGUGACAUCAACCGGCCGGCCGCAGACCAUCGUCGCACGCCCGUCCUCGAGGCCAUCCGAUGGAACCGCAAACACAUUGUCGAGCUGCUGCUGUCUCACGGGGCGGACAUCACUGCCUCGGCCAGGAAUCCGUUCACGAAUGAACUCACCUGGACAGGCUUCCAUAUCCUCGCCACAGCCGGUCAUGACCUUGGUGAUAUAUCGUACUUGCUCAAGGCUGGGCUGUCGCUCCAGGAAUUGCCUUCGACCGAGAGUCCAUUCCUGGUGGCCCUCCAGCACAACGUGUUCGAUCUGGCGUCUUCAUUGUUGACUGCCGGGGCACAAGUCAGCGCCCUGUGCUGUGACGCCGGGUUUUUGUCUCUUGAAUACCCUACCAGCGUUCUCGGCCAUCUCAUCGCCGCGUCUGCACAGCAUACGAUUCCCCGGCUGAGAUACCUGCUGCGGUGUUCUGUCGACUUCAUCGUCGAGCCGACUCGACAGCUGAGUGCCCUCCAUCGCGCCGCCUGGGCAUACAAGGGUAUCAUGCAUCGAGGAGAGAAGAAAGACCCGGUGACACGCCAUGGAUACGACAUGAUGGUCAAUCGAGACAUCAUGGCCGAGCUGCUGGAGAAAUGGGGAACGGCAGAACACGUCAAUCUCCCCUGUGGGAUCCAUGGGCGGACAGCCUUGCAUCUGGCUGUGGCGGCGGGGAAUAUCCAUGCUGUUGAGCUGCUGCGUGGCAAGGCCGAUGCCUCUCUUCGUGAUGACCUGGGGAUGAACGCUUUAGAGUUGGCAAAGUCUAGUUUAGAAAAAGGGUCUGCUAUUGUUGAUCUUUUAUCAUAA